GUACGAGCGUAUCAGCGAGUGGUUGCUUACCAUGGGCGCAGAGGAGGUUUUCCCAGAUGCAGUUGCCCUCCUUCGUUGGCGCGAUCGCAACCAGCGAAUGCUGCCUAAGCUUGCUUUGGAUGGAAUCGCAACCCGCGACUCCGCGGAGCAGUUGGUCCACUGCCUUCAGCCAGGUGACAAGGAUGCCCAGAUGGUCGUCUACGGCCACGGAAUCGCUCAGCCGAUCGAGAUCGCACCCCCUCUGCUCUCUGCCUGGGGUGGCAGUCUGAUUGGUUUCAACCUUGCCCGGUGGUGCCAUGCGCUGACGGCCAACGCCAGAAAGAUGAUGGAUGUGAUGGAGAACAUCACUAAGCUGGUGCGAGCGAACCGCUUCAGCCUGGAUACUGUGCUGUACAAGGUGGGUGAAGAUGCCAUCAGCGACGCCUUCGCACGUGCGGCCGAUGCGUCAGACAGUGCGCAGGUGGUGCUGAUCUUCCCCACUCUGCAAGAAGA